UUUUUGUAGGCUUUAUGAGACUUCGGACACAAUUUCCCAUGAUUCGUCGAUAAAUGAUGUAACGCGCAUGUGCGGUUGAGAAACGCGUGUGUCAAACGUGAGCGAAGCAGAGCUGCAGUUCAUCCAAACGCAGAUAGAUAUUAAGGCACAAAAGGAUGGCUGAAGAACAAGAAAUGUCCUCGCUGGAAAAGAAGGUGGCUGAACAGAUAGAGUAUUAUUUCGGAGACCACAAUCUCCCUCGAGACCGCUUUCUAAAAGAGCAGAUACAGCUGGAUGAUGGCUGGGUUACUCUAGAGACGAUGCUCAAGUUUAACAGGCUAAAAAGUUUGACCUCGGACGCCGCGGUUAUUGUCGAGUCUCUGCGGAAAUCGAAAACGGGGCUGCUGGAGAUCAGCGAGGAUCAAACCAAGAUCAGACGCAGCCCCAGCAAACCUCUGCCCGAAUACAACGAGGAGUACAAAGAUGCCCUCAAACACAAAUCUAUAUACAUGAAAGGCUUUCCUUUGGACACGACGCUGGACGACAUUAAAGACUGGCUCGCUGAUAAAGGACAGGUGGAGAACAUUCACAUGAGGAAAGGACCACAGAAAACUUUCAAAGGCUCCAUCUUCGCAGUCUUGGAGUCAGAGGAGGCGGCCAAGGCCUUCGUUGCAAGAGACGAUGUAAAACAGUUCAAAGGAAAUGACAUGAUUGUUCUGAUCAAAGACGACUACUUUGCUAAGAAAGCCGAGGAGAGGAAGCAGGGUCGGGCAGAAGCCAAGGCCAAAGCCAGGAGUGAAAAAGAAGAGAAGCAGAAACAGGCUGAGAAGGAAGAGAUGAAAUCUCUGGAGGAGCAGAGAGGCUGUGUGCUCAAGUUCUCAGGUGAACUGGAUCAGGUUUCUCGAGAGGAUUUCCACAAGAUCUUCGCCGAGCACGCUCAGAUCAAAUGGAUCGACUUCACCAGAGGCGCAAAAGAGGGCACCAUCCUGUUCCGCUCGGAUGCUAAGGAGGCCCUGGAGAAUGCUCAGGAAGCAGCCGGAGGCUCCGAGCUGAAGAUUAAAGAUAAAGUGGUGCAGUGGGAGGUGCUGGAGGGAGACGCCGAGCUGGAGACUCUGAAGAAGAUCAUCGAGAGCCAGCAGGAAUCGCUCAACAAACGCAAAGGAGGAAGAGGAGGUCACAGGGGUCGCGGCCGAGGGCGGGGCGGCCGUAGGGACAGAGGAGGACGAGAGCAGACACGGUUCCAGGGCAAGAAGACUAAAUUUGACAGUGACGAAGAAGGCGGUGACGGCGACGACGGCGAGGACGCAGAACCCGCAGCGCCGAAAAAGAGAGCCCUCGAAUCCAACGGCACAGACGCUGACGCUCCAGCCUCCAAGCAGGCCAAAGAGGAGAACGGCUCUUAAACGCGGAGCUGCAACACGGCUUCCUUCGUGUGUGUACUGUAAAUAUUCCCCCCAGUUACAAUCCGAUAUCUCCGAAAAAAAAAAAUGUCCACCGUGCCUGCUCACCUGCAGCUUCCCGUCGCACUGGACCGAGCUCUCGGCUGAACGUCAUCGUUUCGCGGUUAAUAUUUCUGAAGGCGCGAUACGGCCAAACGCGCUUCAUACUGAACUUUGAAAAGGAUUACAGUCCUGAUUUUGCCUUGAAUUUAAUCAGCCAAUCGCAGACAUGAUCCUACAUCAUUAAACUUUUUCCGGAUUAAAAAUAAAACCGUGAAUUUUCCACUAUAAUUGUACUGUAUGAUAGUUUGGCUAACCUCACACCAAGAAACUCGCUGUUUAUGCUCAUCAUCAACAAUGUCUCUCGAGGGUUUGUGUCAUUUCCCCCCCAAGAUCCAGUUCAGUCCAAAUCUUCGUCUUUAAGUGCCUGAUGAACGUGAAGGUCGUGAACAGUGAGGUGUUGAUGGUUGCCGGUGGUCAAAUUUGUUAUUUUGAGUAUUAUUUGUUUUUUGUUUUUUCAUUUUCUAAUUAAAACGAAGGUUUGAUCCGGUUUGUGAUUGGCUGAUGAAAUAACUGUAUUAAGCCCCGCCCUUGUCGACCCUCAGCAAAAUCAGGACAACGAGGUCACGUGUCUGGAUUUCAUUUUCAUCCGGCGACGACCGCAUGAUCAACUUCAUCACGGUUCAUAAUACCACAGUAGUGUGUUUAGAAAAUGGUCACUGUUUAGUGCAUAAACUAGUCCAUAAUCAGGAAGACUGUAGGCUGCCUACUGAGUGGAACGCAGGAUCCCAGUCAAACAUGCUUCUGUAAUAUCAUAUAAGCGAUGAUCAGGACGACACACGGACACGUCUCGCAUUUCUCAAGAAAGAAACACGUGGACUUUCAUGGAUUCUGCUGACUGACCUCAGGACGGGGUUCGGUUAUUCUCCGGCGGCUCGACGUUCCCUUCUCAGCUGUGACCCGAAAAAGCCGCUUAGAAACACAUCUCCUGACUUUACCAUGGAUUUCAGGCUCAAUUGUGCAUGUCAGCUGGAUAUAUCUUCUCAUUAUGAUCACAGAACUCAGAAACUGGUGUUAAAAUGGUGUCUAAAGCCGUACAUUAUCCGCUAUUAACGUUUUUAUUUUCCUUUUGUUAAGCAGGCCAGAAUGAAAUCUUUUUGUUUUGUUUUGUUUUUUUAAAUUUGAUCAUUUUGUUCUGACCGAAGCGUCCGACUCCCAAGUGCCAUUUUUAAUUCACUUUUAUUUUUUUCUUUAUACCCACCCUAAGGAUUUCAAUGCAAGGCACUCUGACAUUCUUUAUACUUUAUUUUUCAUGUGUGGUGCAUUUAGCUCAUUUCAUAUUUUGAAUUUGAAUAAAAAUGGGAAAAAGACAAAA